CAUUCAGUAACUGAUUGUUCGCUACGGGGAACGCGUGUCGCUCAUCUCGCCGAGCCGGCUGCCGCGUACACACACACGAUAAAGUUUCAAUUAAAAUCGAAUGGGAACAAAUGUUUUAGACAUGGACUAGUGUGCUUGCGGUGCAUGUGUUCAGUAUCCCGAUAAGCUGAAGUCUACGAGUGCAGGUAUCUACAAUGGACACUAUAGCAAUGGUUUCCGGGGCAUAAACUAUAGAUAUAAACAAUUGCAAUGGCGACAAGGUGGUUCGCAUUGGCCCUGGUGGCCGCCAGCUGGCGCUACGGCGACGCGUGCUCGUGCGCAUCGCUCGAUCACCCACAGACAUACUUCUGCAACAGUGAUUUCGUAAUCGUCGGCAGAGUUCAGAAAACUUUCAGAGGACCGAUGUUUUAUGAUUCCUACAAAGUUAAAAUCCGAAAUAUAUUCAAAGCUACACCAAAGGCUGAAAUGGCGCUGAAGGCAGGCCGCCUCCUGACCCCGUCCGAGGGCUCUUUGUGCGGGGUCUCCCUCCAGCCUAGGGAGACCUACGUCAUCACAGGUCGCAUAGUUCAGCUCCAAGCACACAUACACCUUUGCGGGUACAUCAAGAAGUGGAGAGAAGUCACACCACGACAAAGGAAAGGUUUCCGACUACUAUACAAGCAGGGAUGUACUUGCAAGGUGCACGUAACACGGCGCAAGACAAAGUCGCCAAACACGUGCGUGACGAACUACGACGAAUGCUACGAGCGACACGGCAUCUGUCUACACGACCGAGAGCGACGGUGCCGCUGGACAAGGGCACCCGCACUCACCAGGUGUCUUCAGGCGCAACACUUCAACGACACCAUGACCUGAUCCACACUCCGAGCCGAAUUAAUGUUAAUCAUGCAGUACCUACCAUUUGUAUAUCUCGAUACGUCCUCACGAAAAAUUGCAAGUUCAUCAAACAUUACUAAUUCGAAACAGCCAACACUGAGCCAAAUAUUCAUUAACUCUCAUAGCUCUAUGCUAAGAACGUAGAGAUUAGAAGUAGUUGUAGAUUUAAUAUAACUAUAUGUGAUAUUUACACGCACGAUUUGAAUGGUGUCGAAACGUGUAUUUAUAGUUCAAAGUAACGAAUUUGAAUUUAAAUUACUUUGUAAUUUUUCUUUUGGACGCUUUUAAUUGUUGUUGUUUGUCUUCGCUGGCAAACUUAAUUUUAACGUUAUUUUUAUAUUAUUUAUUAUUAAGUUAAAUCUUUGUAAAUUAACAAAUCAUAGUGAUAUUAUAAAAUUAGGCUAAAUAAAUCGUUAGAAAUAGAA